GGGUCUUUUUCGAAAUCCGGAAGUGCAUCGGCCACGUGAUGCGAAUCGGCGUCACGAGGUAACAGUCAGGUGUUUUCGGAGUGCCUUCUGCUCCAUUGAAUCAGUUACUGUGCGUACGGUUCAGCGUGAAUUCGCGUUUGUUUGACCCGGCCUUAACUCGAUUUCCAGAAUGACGAGAGGCACGGGAAAGCCGAGCAAUAUGGUCCGCGUGUCAUUUUUCGCACUGUUCGCCGUCUAUCAGCUUGCCUUCGCUUUCGCUUGCACGCCCGCUGUGAUCUGGUGCUCCCACGAUCAUGAUUCGUCCGACUAUGAUGCGACAUACAGAAUGGUGCCGUCGAGUCCGUUGCAGAAGUUGACUUCCGACGAAUUUGAAAAGAGUCUGUCGCAGUUGAAUGUUACCGAGCCAGUGGUCGUUGAGGAGCUAUGUGUCGAGGAUCUGCGGAAUAGCAAGGUGCUGUCAAAUGCCACUAAUGGUUCCAAAAUAUUUUAUUUCCCGUGUGUCGAUUCGCCCGACGAGAUCUUCCAAAAGAUCUAUAAAGAAAAACAGAAAAAAAUAGAAGUUAUUGAUCAUGAGUUGAACAUGAUCCUCAAGGACAUCGAUUCGAACGGAUGCAUAGCACUUACUGGAAAACAGUGUCGUUACAGCUACACUGAGCGAAUAAAGAGAGAAGCGCUUGCGGACAAUUUUACUUCAGAGUUCAAGAUAAAAACAGACAAUGUUCUAUUGUAUUCCGCUCAACCAUUGAUACUCAAAAUAUCUGACAAGCCGGAAGUGCAGCUUAUUCAAUCUAAAGUCACCGGAAUGUCGUCUCGUAAGAGCAAUGAUAGCGUAGUGAUAUUAACUAUCAAACUCACCGAUCAGACCAUCGGCAGUCUGACGCUCGACUUUUUCUUCGAGGUCAAAAGCGCCGGCUACUACACGUUGAAUAGAGUGAACUACGAGACGACCAAUGGAGUUGAUAAUCUAUCUACCAGGCGAGACAUUUCCUUUCCAUUCGGUUUCUCUUAUCAUUGCUCACCGAAAACCACCUUUACGGACGGUACUACAUUCUUAAAUAUCAUGGAUAUGCAAGUACAGGUCGAUCACAAAGAUGCGACGUUCAGCGAUGCGUAUGACUGCGUCGGUUUUACCAGUAUACCAAUUUGGACGGGGAUAUUCGUGACCGUAAUAUUGGGCUUGAUUAUGAUAUGGGCGCUCAUCAUGAUCAUGGAUAUCCGCACGAUGGACAGAUUCGAUGAUCCUAAGGGGAAAACUAUCACGAUUUCCAGCGCGGAGUAGAAUAAUAAUAAUAAUAAUAAUAAUAAUAAUGGAACUUAUAAUGCAAUUAUAGGUAUUGAAUACUCUUGCGAAAUCUAUUAUCAGAUAAGAUCAUGUCGAUUGUUCACGAUGAUGAUUAUUAUCUUGAACGUUUAAUGUCUCUAAUUUGAGUGUUACAUGUUUUCACAAAAACCGAGAAAGUAUUGAGUAGU